AUGAGCAUAACACAGCUUUCACAGCGCUGCAACGAUCUCCGCAACGAUCUCAAAGCCUGGGAGAAGCAGUUUGCCGCACAACAUAAUGGCAAGAAAGCUGGACGGGAGGAUAUCAAGGCUGAUGCAGUAAUAUCACAGAAAUACAAAGAGUACAACAAGCUACGAACUCAAUCACCUACCAGAGCACUCCCUCAAACGCCUUCGAAACAAACAACGAGCCGCAAGCAGACCCUCAAUGUCGAACGAACGCCAAAGGCAGCGCCGAAAGCCCCAGUCCUCACACCGCUGAAGCGCAAGAGGGAAGAAGAGUUGGCCGCGGAGGGAGCGGACGCAGCAUCUGAGUACCUUUCGCCUCAAGGGCCGGCGUUCAUUGGGCCUACCCCGCAACGGGACGGCAUAGUGCUGGGACUCUUCGACAACCUCACAGCAGAGACACCAAGCAAGCGCCGUAUAAUAUUCGGCGAGAUCGAGCCCAAUGUCUUUCAGACACCUACCAAGAAGGACACAGAAGCUGCGAGCGAAGCAUCGUCAGCAUCGAGGAUAAGAGGGGAACGGACACCACUGUCGGUCACCAAGAGGAAUCUCUUCAACCAGUUUGUUACACCCAAGAAGAGGAAGCUUGAUGAGGAGGGCACACCGAUUUCUGCGCUGAAAGGCCUGGCUACCCCGGCGUUUCUGAGGAGAGACAACGCGUUGGACCGGAUCGAGGAGGCGGAUGAGACGACGCCGCGGCCGGCGCCAUGGAAGAAGAGGGGUAUGGUGAGAAGUCUCAGUGCAAUGAUACAGAGUAUGAGGAAAGAUGAGGACGAUAGGCUGGACGAAGAGGCGGACAUUAUGCGCGAGCUGGAGAUGGAAGAAGAGGGUAUGUCAGCACCAGCUAGACCGAGAGUGUCUCAUGUUCAGGUGGAGGAUAGUCAGGUAGUGAUGCCGCUGGGUCCCGACCGUGGACUGGAAUCUGAAGACGAGGAAGAGGAAGGAGAAGAUGUGGGUCGUGAUGGCAAACCAAGAAAGGUGUGGAAGAAGAAGGGGCUGAAGAGGCAAACAAGACGCACGAAUAUGCGACCGAAUGCCGUCAAGCCCAAAGCCGCCCCAGAAUUCCAAUACAAGGACGAAGACUCAGACACCGGGCCAAUUUCUAUACCAGAGACCCAAGGCCAAGCAGAUGCAGAGCCUGCACUGUCGGAAGACGAGGAUGAUUCCGACUAUGCGAGCGAUGUCUCUCACUCAGCGAAGAAGCGCAAAGCGCCAGCGAAGAAAGUGGCUAAGCCCGCUGAGAAGAAAGAGGGUGUGGUCGAGAAAGUUAAGAGGAAAAUCUCAGCUACCGCACAUGCGAACUAUCAAAGACUCAAGAUCAAGGGCAAAGGUGGAAAUGGUGGGAAACCGCGAGGAAGAUUUGUCAUGGCUUAUAUUCGAAAUCGCGUGUUUGAAGGUUACAGCAUGUCGUACGCCCAUGUGGAGGUAUUCAGUACAUCACCGGGUCUUGGCGCUGCCCUAGCUUCGCCGCCGCCUAAGCUUCCACCGCCCGCCGCAACAAACACCACGACAAUUCCAAGCUCACCACACGCCACAUCGCCUAUCUACGCAACCGAAACCUCUUCACCUCCACUCACCAGACAACCACAAACAAGACCCGUCACCAUGGCCGAGAAAGAACUACACUCCGCGCUCCAGCACCUCCAUCAGACGCUCCAGUUGCGCAACUACCAACAGGCUACAACGCUCCUCUCCAAAGCCAAGAUGGCACUCCUGCAGCUCAACGCCCUCAUCCCACAAGAGAAGACACCGAAGAAGCAACUCCAAGCCGCCCGCGAAACACUCGAGCUCGGCGCUAUCAUCUCCAUCCGCCUCAAAGACACCGUCUCCUUCACACGCUACUUCCAGCAGCUGCAGCCCUUCUACGCCCUGCCCGCAUCAUCCCUACCAAAAGACGGAAGCCAGGCCAGCAAGGUCACAGGUCUGUACCUGCUGUUGCUGCUGAGUGAGGGCGACUACGCAGGGUUCCACACACUGCUCGAGACACUGGAGGUGGCGGCGGCGCAGGAGGGGAAGGGCCUUGAGGACGACCAGUUCAUUCAGUAUCCGAUAAGGUUGGAGCAGGCGCUUAUGGAGGGGAGCUACGAUAGGGUGUGGGGUGAAACGAAGAGCGAGAGGGUGCCGAGUGAGGAGUUUGGGAUGUUCUCAGAGAUCCUCAUCGGCACAAUCCGCAAGGAGAUCGCCUCCUGCAGCGAGCGCGCAUACCCCUCGAUCCCCAUCUCUGACGCCAAAUCUCUGCUAUUCCUCGAUUCAGAAGGCAGCGUUGUCAACUUCGCGCGCGAGUCUGGCUGGGUUAUCAAUGACGGCAGGAUAUACUUCCCUCAGCAGGAGGACGACUACCAGAGCAAGGACAUUCUGGUCACGAGCGAUCAGGUCAUCGAGAAUACGCUGGGGUACGCUCGGGAGCUGGAGAUGAUUGUUUAA